GCUCGGAGGGGCGGGCAGGGGCGGCAGGCACGGGGUCAGGGAUCGAGGGAGGCGUGGGCAUUCCGCGGUGGAGGUGCAGGGUGGGGGAGGCGGCCAUGGGGAAGGUUGAGCUGGUGUGUUGUCGGGCAGUCAUGGAGGACACACUGGGAGAGCAAGAAGGAGGGACAGCCAUUACCCUCACCACCAACCUCUACAGACUGGUUGCUGCCCCCCUCACCCCCACCCCCUCACCUCACCCCUCCAAACAAUCUCCCCUUGCAACCUUAACCUCCAUUCCCUCCCCAUGCCCCUCCUCCCCCACCACAAAUCUUCCUUCCUCUGCCAGCAUCCUCCCUUCCUCUUCCUCCUCCUCCACCACCACCGCCGCCUCCUCCCUCAUCACCUAUCGGCUAAUUAUCUGUGAGGAGGGCAAGGCACAGGUGGAUCUCCCUCUGCCAGCCCGAAGGCAGGUGCUGGAGUCCCUGAAGGAGGUGUACCCUGAGGUGUUUGGGGGCCGCCCGCUGACCCUGGGCCCCGGCAACACUGCCCUCAGCCUGGACCACAUUCCUGAAACACAUGACACUGCCUUUGUGGUUGACGAGGUGAAGAGCAACGGCUGUGGGCGGACGUUUGCGGUGGAGCUGAGGAAGGAGAAGGAGGUGCCCGUGGCCAGGGUGUUGGAGGUGGUGCAGUGCCCCCCGCCCACCAUCACCACCUCCACCUUUGGCAGUGGUGAUGAUGCAGCUGACAUUAUCAAGAGUCUCCAGGCCAUGGUGCAGUACAACCUGUCCCUAUACAUGGAGCAGAGGGGUGACCUGUUCUUCCCCCAGCCUCCCCCACUGCCCCCCACCCCCAUCACCCCUGCCAGGGAGGUGCAGACGGGGUACAGGGUCACCCUCACCCCUGCUGCAUCCCUCCUCCUGUCUCUUGAUGUGUGCCAGCCGGUAGUGACCAAGGAGGCGCCCGUGAUUGACUUCCUCCGGACUGACCUCGGGUGGCAGGAAGAUGACCUCCGUAGCCCCAUGUCAGGAGACGCUCGCUACGAACUCACCCGCCUGCUGCGUGACAUCAAGGUCAGGGCAACACACAGCUCGGUAGGGAGGGUGUACAGGGUGGUGGAGGUGGCAGCGAGGGGGGCAGACUCCAUCCUCCUCCACAUCCACAACCCCCACACUGCCACCACCACGCCCUGGACAGUGGAGCAGUACUUCCUCCACUUCUACGGCCUCCGCCUCAAGUACCCCACACUGAACUGCCUCCACGUCGCCCCCAAACAGAGGCUCAUCUUCCUGCCCUUGGAGGUUUGUACAUUGGUGGGCGGGCAGAACGUGAGUGGGCGUGGGGGUGCGUGGGUGGCAGGUGAGGGGCGCCAGGCCAUUGAGUGGGACUUGGGCCCUGAGGAGCGACAGCAAUGCCUCGCCACCCUGGUCAGGUCACCCCCACUUGCACAAGACCCUUGCUUGACUCGUCUUGGCCUCACUGUUGACCAAAAACCUGUGAGGGUGUUGGGGCGAGUGCUGGCACCACCCCGACUGCUGGCCAGUGUCCCGGUGGUGCCUGAGGGAGGCCGGUGGGUGCUGGGGGAGGGAGGCGUCACCCUGCGUCGCCCCGUCACAAUGCACACGUGGUCAGUGGUUCAGUAUGACGUGGAUGGACGCAAGAAGAACACCCUGCACUUGCCAUUUGUGGAACGCCUGAUCGAAGUGGGGCGGUCACUGGGCAUGGAGAUGAAGCAGCCAUCUGUGGAUGUUGUGAGGAAAGAGACCAAGCCCAUUGAUGACCUCUUCGCCCUAGAGAUGUACUACCCCUACCUGCAGCUCACCCUGUUCCUCAUGCGGCCUGGCAUAAAAUACCUCCAUGAGGACACCAAACACGCUUGCAACACCCUGCUGGAACGCAUCACCCAGUGUAUUGAGCCAGAGACCUACCGCAGCAAGGUGACCGACGACCAGGUGAUGCGCUCCCUCCUGCUGCAGAUGAACGCCAAGUGUGGGGGCGUCAGCGUCACUGUCGACUGGCCUGCCAUGAUGCCUGUCUCCUCACUGAUGUGUCGCCCAGCAUUGGUGGUGGGUGCAACGGUUGAAGGCCAUUCCAGUGACUUCCCCCGCUCAUGUUAUCUGGCAGCCAUGGUGGGCAUGAUGACCACAGAGGGUGGCCCCUGCGUCACUCUGGUCCACCCGCAGCACCGUCACCACUAUGUUGCUAACAUGGCAUCUAAUAUCUCGUCAGCAUCACCUUCAACUCAUGAUCAGUUUCUUUGUCUUUCAGUCCCAUCAGAAAGGCGGCUGCUGGUGCGUUACUACGAGAUGAACCACUGCAAGCCCGAGGCUGUGCUGGUGUACCGCCUGGAGGUGCCGGAGGGCCAGGUGGAGCGGGUCACUUCCUGGGAGGCUGAGGAGAUCCACAAGGCCUGUCGCAGCAUGCAGCCAGAUGAGGCCUAUCUACCGCCCCUCACCUACCUGUGUAUCUCCCGCAUCCACCACACCAGGCUGUUUCGUGGGCCAGGUGAAGGCUGCGGCAAUGUCCUCCCUGGCACAGUGGCCCAGGAUGGCAUCACGUAUCCAUCCAGCACGGCAUUCUUCCUCUGCUCACACCCGAGUGACAAGGGGACCAGCCGGCCGACUCAAUACCACGUGAUAUGCGACGAGAACAACCUCUCUCUGGAGGCUCUGCAGACCAUCACUUAUGGCCUGUGCCACCUCCACGCCAACUGUACCCAUGCCACGCCCCUCCCCAUGCCUGCUGCCUAUGCCCGCCAAGCUGCCCGCUAUGCCCGUCAGUUGGCCCGGCGGCAGGAGGGCCACGUGUCCAAACUGGAGACUCCCUAUGACCCGGUGCCGCUGGUGACCAAGGCCACUCUCAUGGACCACUACAACAAGCUGCACACCACUCUCUACUAUCUCUAACCUGUGUAGACA